UAAGGGCCCCGCCGGCGGUCACACCACUUGACGUAGCAACCGACUCGCUAGCACGCGCACCUGGACUCCAGUGGACAGAAGCUCCCGAGGAAUCGAAUCCGUAGAAGCCCACAGAGAACUGCAACAGGAGACCAGCGCACCGAGAAGACCGGCGUUCUUUAUCUCUAUCUGGCUUGUUUUUGACUGCUUUGGGGUUGAACGCACGCGGAGCAUGGAGGCCAAGACAAAGGUGAAUGGCUUUGUGGUGGACUCGUCGGCCGGGCGCAAAGACUCCGCCGCCUCCGCCACCACGUCGACGGUGGACGAGCAGCUGCAGGACGGCCUGAGCUGCCAGGAGCUGUUCCAGAACGGCGAUGGUCUCACCUACAACGACUUUCUCAUACUGCCCGGCUACAUAGACUUCACCGCCGAGGAGGUGGAUCUCAGUUCGCCGCUGACCAAGUCGCUGACACUGAGGGCCCCUCUGGUUAGCUCGCCCAUGGACACGGUAACCGAAUCGGAGAUGGCCAUCGCCAUGGCGCUGUGUGGUGGCAUUGGGAUCAUCCAUCACAACUGCACGCCGGAGUACCAGGCGCUGGAGGUGCACAAGGUUAAGAAGUACAAGCACGGCUUCAUGCGCGACCCCUCGGUGAUGUCGCCCACGAACACGGUGGGGGAUGUGUUGGAGGCGCGACGCAAGAACGGCUUCACCGGCUAUCCGGUCACCGAGAACGGCAAGCUGGGCGGCAAGCUGCUGGGCAUGGUCACGUCGCGGGACAUCGACUUCCGUGAGAACCAGCCGGAGGUGCUGCUGGCCGACAUCAUGACCACCGAACUGGUGACGGCCCCCAAUGGCAUCAAUCUGCCCACGGCCAAUGCCAUCCUCGAGAAGAGCAAGAAGGGCAAGCUGCCGAUCAUCAAUCAGGCCGGCGAACUGGUGGCCAUGAUUGCGCGCACGGAUCUGAAGAAGGCUCGCUCCUAUCCGAACGCCUCCAAGGACUCCAAUAAGCAGCUGCUCGUCGGCGCCGCCAUCGGCACGCGGUCGGAGGACAAGGCGCGCCUGGCCCUGCUGGUGGCCAACGGCGUGGACGUCAUCGUGCUGGACUCGUCGCAGGGCAACUCCGUCUACCAGGUGGAGAUGAUCAAGUACAUGAAGGAGACCUACCCGGAGCUGCAGGUCAUCGGCGGCAACGUGGUAACCCGUGCCCAGGCCAAAAAUCUCAUCGAGGCUGGCGUCGACGGCCUGCGUGUCGGCAUGGGCUCCGGCUCCAUCUGCAUCACCCAGGAGGUGAUGGCCUGCGGCUGUCCCCAGGCCACGGCCGUCUACCAGGUGUCCACGUACGCCCGCCAGUUCGGAGUGCCCGUCAUAGCGGACGGCGGCAUCCAGUCGAUCGGGCACAUUGUGAAGGCCAUCGCACUGGGGGCCAGUGCUGUGAUGAUGGGCUCCCUGCUCGCCGGCACAUCGGAGGCACCCGGCGAGUACUUCUUCUCGGACGGAGUGCGCCUCAAGAAGUACCGCGGCAUGGGCUCCCUGGAGGCCAUGGAGCGCGGCGAUGCCAAGGGCGCAGCCAUGUCGCGCUACUACCACAACGAGAUGGACAAGAUGAAGGUGGCGCAGGGCGUCAGCGGCAGCAUCGUGGACAAGGGCAGUGUGCUGCGCUACCUGCCCUACUUGGAGUGCGGACUGCAGCACAGUUGCCAGGAUAUCGGUGCCAAUUCGGUGAAUAAGUUGAGGGACAUGAUCUACAACGGCCAACUGCGCUUCAUGAAGCGCACCCAUUCCGCUCAGCUGGAGGGCAAUGUCCACGGCCUCUUCAGCUACGAGAAGCGUCUCUUCUAACAUACGACCACGGCUGCGGCGGAAGUGGGCCCUGGCGGAGUGGCUGCCUCUGUCCAUCAUCAUCAGCAGCAACAGCAGCAUCGCCACCGAUCUGGAGCAGCCAAUCUGCUCGACGACUACGCCCGCCUAUUCGAUCGCAAGUGAGAGGAUUGGACGGAAACAAACGCUCGGAUAGCGUAACCUUUUCCCCCUCCCCCUGGAGUUUUACCAGUGUUAGGUUAAGUCUCGUUGGAAUCGCCGACGUUAACGAUUACGAAUACGAUUCCAAGAUGGAUUCCCUUUUUUUGGUGGCGCUGGAGAGGUAACCUCGAAUCGCCCGCAUACAUGUGUAUACCCUAUCCAUCUGCCUGGUUGGCAGAAAAUCCUACUAUUAAGUGUUUACGGGUUACUUGGCCUGUAUAGAAAUGAUGUAAUCUUCAUAUAUUUGCUAUAUAUAUCUUUAUCUAAAUCGAGCGCAACGCGUUGGUUGGCCGCUUACUUAUUUGGCACGCUAUAUGUACAUAGAUGUUAAUCUCUAUUUGUAUAGUGUUGGAUGUUUACUAUUAUUAUGAAGCUAGCUUCAAGUUUUAAAACUCUGCCAAACUUAUUAAAUGUGAACUGAAACUGAAUGAAAAUGUAA